AUGGGGCAAUGUCUGAGGUACCAGAUGCACUGGGAGGACUUGGAAGAAUACCAGGUCUGUGCCAACGUGCUCCCUCCCAAGGCCAUCAGAGAUGGGGGAGGAGGGUGGGGUACCGUUACCUCCUCUGCACCACCCCAGGCCUUGACCUUCUUGACCAGAGAUGAAAUCCUGUGCGUCCACGGCUCCUUCCUGAAGCUCUGUCCCCCCGGGAAGUACUACAAGGAGGCCACCUUGACCAUGGACCAGGUCAGCUCCCUGCCGGCUCUGAGGGUCAACCCUUUCAGAGACCGAAUCUGCAGAGUGUUCUCCCACAACAAUGUGUUCUCCUUCGAGGAUGUGCUGGGCAUGGCAUCCGUGUUUAGCGAGCAGGCCUGCCCCAGCUUGAAGAUGGAGUACGCCUUCCGCAUUUACGAUUUUAACGAGAACGGCUUCAUCGACGAGGAGGACCUACAGAGGAUCAUCCUCUGACUGCUCAACAGCGACGACGUGUCAGAGGACCUGCUGACCGACCUCACCAGCCACGUGUGUGCCCUGGGCUGCGGGACGGUGGCUGGCGUGGGCCCCGCUACCACCUGAAGCCUCUUGAUGGCAGGCAGGGUCCUGAAUGAGUCAGAUCUGGACAAUGACAACGUGCUGUCUUUCUCAGAGUUUGAACACGCGAUGGCCAAAUCUCCAGACUUCAUGAACUCCUUUCGGAUUCACUCCUGGGGAUGCUGAUGUGGCCCCAAAUACCUGCUCUGGUGGCCUUGAGGGGGACCCCUGGAACUAGGAAUUCAACCCCCGCAGGCGCUGGGGGAAAUCUGAUUAGAAGAAUGACUUUGUCCCCAUCCCUCCUUCAC